CUGUGACACCCUGCUUAUAGCAAGUUCCAACACUCAGAAAAACAAUGGCCACCAGCGAGAAAGAGGUUGCGAGCAAGAUUCUUCUUCAAGAACUGAAGCAUCUUGGGUUUGUGAAGAUUGCUGCGAUUCAAGCUUUUAUUUGUGUGUCGAGUCUCUAUGGGUUCGCAAAGCAGAACUCAGGACCUUUGAGAUCUGCUGUUGGAACUGUAGAAAGCACUGUGACCACCGUUCUUGGUCCUGUCUACGAUAAAAUCAAGGGUGUCCCUGACCAUCUUCUUGUUUUCGUGGACAAUAAGGUGGAUAAAGCUACCCACAAAUUCGAUGAGCAUGCUCCUCCUCUCGUUAAGCAGGUAGUAAGCCAAGUAAAGUUUUUGAUUCAGGAACUGACACCGAAAGCGGAGAAAGUUGUAAGCGAGGCUCAAUCUGGUGGGGCACGAGCAGCAGCACAUUAUGUUGCUACAGAGUCUAAGCAGUUUGUGUUAAUUGGGUUGGUCAAAUUGUGGGCUGGUCUCAACCACUAUCCACCUUUCCAUGCAGUGGCAGAGAUGGCAGUUCCUACAGUUGCACACUGGUCGGAAAAGUACAACCAUGUGGUCAAGAACAUGAUUGGAAAGGGAUAUAAUGUCUUUGGGUAUUUGCCUUUGAUUCCCAUUGACGACAUAGCAGUCAUAGCUAAGGCAUUUAGACAGGGAGAAGCCGCUGGACAGGAAUCAAAAUCUUUCGAUUCUGGUUCUGAUUGAGUAUUAGCUAUUUCAUUACAAAAUCUGCCUCUGACUAAUCUUUCUGUGUGAGUUUAUUAAGAGUGUGUAGAGGGCGUGGGGGUAUGAAUGGAAAUGUAAGAAAUUGGUAUCGACUAUGUAACUUGACCAGUUUGUGGAACAUAAUAUUUUCUCUGUUUAUGUCAUUGGUACAUUAAAUAGUAAAGAAGCUCUUUUCGUCCUUUUGUUG